UCGACUCCGGCGCAGCAGUAUCCGCGCACGCGCACUUGUUACUCUCGGUCGCUAUAUAGCAUCCCGCGAGUACCUAUACAUUUUUAAUAAAAUCUUCAGAUAAAAUAUAAAAAUAUUGGCUGAAGAACAGUGAAGUUUUGGAAGUUGUGUUAUCUUUAAUUGAGGAUUUAGGACUAUAAUUGAGGUGCACAAUAACAUGGACACGCAGCAGUGAAACAAAUCAGUUAUAGAAAAUGGGAGUUUUCAAAAGAAUUAUAAACAAGAAAGAAUCAAAUAUUAUACCAAGUACUAGAACAAUGUUUACAGUGAUUAUUUUCGUGUUAGUGAGUGUGGUGGGUGCAAGUGUGAACUCGACGAGUGAGGUGUCUAUAGGUAAAUCGCGGAUGUUGUGGCUAAAAACCUUACUAGAUCAUCAUUAUUGGAUGGAAAUCUUGGACAGUACCCCGCUACCAAAACAAUGUGAAGCAGAUUUGCGGAAUUACAUUGUAGCAUUAAACAAUGGCCAGCUAUGGGCUUCUAAAAUAUACGAUGCUUCAGGGCAGUACAUUCCCAAUGUGAUGUUUGGGAGUGACUUCUGGGUGGGUUCGAAGAACGCAUGUCGAGACUUGCAGCUGAAGCAGUACUACGCACAGACGCCGCCGUUCGCCACCAACUUCUACGUGGCUAAAAUUAACAUCAGUCUCGACGGUGAUCAUCUCCCUCAAGGCAGGAUAACUUUGGUUGGGGAAUGUUUACCAGCAUCAUGCAACUCAGAGGCAGUAGCAAUGUUCUUGGCAAGCGCAGAGAGGUUAGCGGCGGAGCGCGCUUCCGAAGCUGGCUUCGCUGCCACUAUCCAAACAUCUGAUGUGCGGAAAGUUCCCGGCGCAUACUCUUUACUAUCUGAUUACAAGUUUUGCACGCUCAUGACAGUCGUGAGCGUAAUAUUCCUCCUGAUGCUCACAGCUUCAUUAUUCGAGGGCUACUUGGAGAGGAAGUACCAGCUAGCAGCAGCAGCACGUGACCUCGAGCUGGCACAUAAUGACACCACUCAAAAAACUAAUAAUAAUAAUGUACCACAAACCGAUGAGAAACGCAAAGAAGACGGAGACAAUAAUGAAAAAGGCCCUCGACGAGAAACCUGCGGAAUUUGGGCAGAAUUGUUACUGUCAUUUUCAGUACUUUCAAAUGGUCGUACCAUUCUCAGUAUACAUCGAGCUAGUGACGGAGCUUUGACCAGUUUACAUGGAAUAAGAUUUUUAUCCGUAACGUGGGUAAUUAUGGUACACACUUACCUUACCGUCUUUUAUAUAUCCGAUAACAAAACUAUGAGGGUUGUCACCGAACGAAACCUAAUGUACCAAUCUGUCGGCAACGCAUCUUAUUGUGUGGAUACAUUCUUUUUUAUUAGUGGCUUACUUGUGACCGUGUUAUUUCUAAGAACAGAAGAGAAAAAGAAAAAAAGAGCAGAGGCUGACAAAGAAGAUCUUAAUAAAAAUCUUAAUGGUUUUACCAAUUCGGCUUUAUCAGUUUCCGUUAUAAGCCAGCAAUCAUUUAAAGAUGACAUGCUCGACAAACCAAAGAGUAAAAUGUGCACAAAGAGAGAAUUGUUCAAUAACAUCAGAUCAUUUUUCGUGCUAAUUUCAUAUAGAAUUGUGAGAUUGACACCAGCGUAUGCUUUUGUGAUUUGGCUGACACAAAUUUCUUUCACUUAUGUAUACAAUCAGAGUGCGUUUGAGCCAGCUAUAGUAGAUCACUUGACAUGCGACGCAUACUGGUGGAGGAACUUACUGUACAUCAAUAACCUAUACCCUCAACGUGAGAUAUGCAUGGUCUGGUCUUGGUACAUGGCAAACGAUACUCAGUUCUAUGUGGUUGGCAUUAUUAUUUUGUUACUCUCAGUAAAGCAUCCAAAGUUUGCAUCGAUAUCACUGGGUGUUGUCUUGGUUAGCUCUUGGGUGACAACCAUAUAUAUCUCAGUGUGGCAUCAAUAUAAAGCAAGAAUACAAGAACCCUUCGAAAUGUUCGACGCACUUUACGACAAGCCGUGGUCUAGAAUCGGUCCCUAUUUAGUCGGUAUGAUCGUAGGAUGGUAUUUGCAUAAAACGAAAUGUCAAGUGAGAAUACCGUACUGGUUAGUGGGUGCUGGAUGGAUAAGUGCCCUAGCCAUCAUCGGUAGUCUUAUUUUUGGCAUGGUCGACGGCUACUUUGAAGUUUGGCCAACUGCUUUCUACGUCAGCAUUGGGCACAGUGCGUGGGGUGCGGCGUUAGCGUGGGUGGCCAUCGCAUGCUGCUGCGGCUACGGAGGUUUGAUCAACUCGGCGUUAUCUUACCGCGGCUUCUUGCCACUAAGCAGGCUCACGUACUGUGCAUAUCUCAUCCACCCCACCAUCAUGGUCAUCUCCACAUUCCACCUCGAUGGUCCACUUCACCUGCAAAAUACUAUGGUGAUCGUGACAUAUGCUGGGUAUGCUGUGAUGGCAUUCCUAUCAUCGUUUGCUAUUUCAAUAUCGUUCGAAGCACCAGCCGUGAGACUUAUCAAGAUCUUGAGCGGAAAUGAUAGACCAAGAAAAAGGCAGAGAACAUAACAUAGUGGUGUUUUAUAAAGUUAUAUGGAACAAUAGUUUUGUUGAAGCAGUAGUUCAUUGUGACAACCACCUAUUAUUGGAAUAGUAUUUUAUUCUCUUCUAAUAAAUAUCAUCUUUUUUUCUUACAUCUAGAUUUAUCGAAGUUUAUAGACCAAAUAUCUAAGUAAUCGUUAGAUAUAUAAAUGUCUCAGGAUGUGACAUUGUAUUAAUUUGUCUGAUAAGUAUACGUACUAUAAUGUAAAUAUUACUUACGUUAAAUCAUUAUACGUAUGGGUGAAACUUAGAAUAUUAAAAAAGUUCCAAAAUGUCGACCCAACUGUUGUCUGAUGUGAAUAUAAUAAAUUUAAAUAAAUAAUACGUAUUACAGUUUGUGUAAUAAUAGUUACCAAUUACAAUAUUAAUUUAACUUUAUACAAUUCGAGAAGCGCGCAAUUUAAAACAAAAGCUAGGCCAUUUUUGUUAAAGCAUUUCUAAGCAGGACUCUAUCUACAUAUUUAUGAUCUAGCUUAUGUCUAAUAUUACCAAUUUGUCCAAAAGUCGUUGGUAUAAAAUAUACCUACCGUUGUAUAGAUGUAAUAUAAAAAACUGUAUAAUAUAGACUAUCACAUAAUAAUAUGAGCACGUUUGUACUAUAAUAUUAAUGCAAGCUUGAUGCGAAAAUUAUUUAGUUACAGUUAUUCGACAAUUCAAACAAUUUAACUCGUGGAUGAAAAUUAAAAUAGUAUAUAUACAUAUAUAUAUUAUUGGUUUAAAUUUAAUCGAUCUCAGCCCUUUUAAAAACUAAAUUUCAAGCUGCAGAAACUAUUUAAAUCUAUAUCGAUUUUUUAACUGUAUAUUAUAUAUGUAUAUUAUAAAAUGUAUUAUAUAUUUUAGUUAUUUAAACUUUAUAGACCAAUAAAAUUUGGUACAAAAGAUGGAUUUAAUGAUACUCGUAAAGGCAUCUUCUACCAACUAUUACGAUGUGAUAAUAUUGAAGAUUAUAAUUCUCACUUCUAAUCCCUGAUGAGGUACUCAGAGGCUAUUGCAGUAACACUCGACGCGAUUAACUUAACGCAGCUCGAUUACUGGAAAAAUAAAAUCAGAUAGUAUAUACGUACAGUAUAUUUACAUGUAAUCACGUCACGUUAAGUCUCGAAAAUAAAUUUACAUAUACAGAGAAGUUCUCAUUUAACACACAUUGUUCUACUAAAUAUUGUGCCUGUAUUUUGCGUGAAAAAAAAUGUGGAAAUAAAAAAUAGACUACACCCGUCUCCAUCCCGAAUAUUGCCUGUAUAUCCAAUUUCAUAAAUAUUAGUGAAGCCUCCCAAGAGUUCCAAGACUUCAAAAGGUUUUAAAUUAACUCACUUUCCUAUGAGCAAAGAUUUCUGAACAAAGUGUUUCAUAAUUUGUUUAUGGAAUUACCCACAAAUAUGUAUAUACAUAUCAGUAUUUGUUUAUUGCAGUACUUACGUAAAAUUUUCUCAAAGAGUUAUUUAAUUGUUGGAAGCAUUGCGAAGGUUAUUUAAGAAAUUAUUUCAUCACUAAUAAUUUAUGAAUAAAAAAAGUAAUUUAGUUAUUUGAGCAGGUUGCGUAGGUAUAUAUGUAGGCACAUAUAUCUUGUGGACUAUAAAUUCAGGUCAAUGAGUAGUCGUUAACCUAAAUUCAACACCACUUGUCGGCACGAUUUAAAACGAAGAGCAGAAAAACUGUUCUUUUGCUAAUGAAACCCGGCCCCGCCCCGGGGCUUUGUGUCUUUUUUUUUCUUUUACUAAAUAUAAUUUCUCAUUUUAGCUACAAUUGCAGUAAAACUCGCAAAAUUUCUUUCGCAAUUGAGUUAUUAAUUAUUCAUAUUAGAUAUAUAUGUACAUGAAGCAUCUUGGUAACUCAGCGAAUUACUAAAAUACCUGAAGAUAAAGAUAUCCGAAAAAAGUAAGGAGUUUCGAGUCUGGCAACACGAAAAUCUUUGUAUAUUAAUGUUAUACGAAGUAUAUAUAAUGUUAAAAUAUUUUUGUUAUUAUUAAUUUAAUGAUAAUGGCAUAAUUACAACUAAACUAAUUAGAUAGACUGCUGUCAAAUGCAAUAUACUUGGUCUACCUACGUUUGACUCAAAUAUAUUUGGUGAAAUGCGGGCAAGUCAAGUAUUAUCUGCAUUCUCCACAACGGUAAUAUUAUGAAAAUACCUACCCCAUAGCCCAUCAGGGAUAACAUGUCGAGAGAAUACACUUUUUUUGUGCUCCGGUCUAUUCUUAUCGCUUGUAAUAAAUCCCGAGUGUCCCGUUCCCAUACAAACUAUAUAAUAUAGGUUACUACCUUAUUGAAUAGUUUCAAUAAAGUAGUAAUUAUUUAUGGAUUAUGGAUUAUUAUAAAAAAAAAGUAACAUUUAACUAUCCCAUAAGAACCCGUAACUACUCUCAAAUUGAGUACGUUUCCAAUUACAUCAAGGAAGGUACACCUAUCGUGUUGGUAUAUUUUUUAAUCUCCUUUUGAAACUUCGUUAAGUCUGAUAUAGAGGCAUUGUAUUCUGUUAGGCAAAUACAUAUUUAUACAGAAAUAUUCUUUGUAAUACUAAAAGUAUACAAGAAUAAUAACGGAACAUAUGUGGAGCACAAAAGCAGUAAAAUAAAUAAAGAACAUGUGCGAAAAGACUUAGAUGUUUGGUGAAACGAAAAGCAAUAUUUGCUGUUACAAAAAAUGUUUACUUGCUUUCACUUUUGACUUUCGGACAAUUUACACCGCCUAGAUAAUUAAAUAUACUUUUGUUGAUAAAAAAUUACAAAAUAAUUUAUUUUAUAAACAAAAUUUAAAAUAUGGUGUUCUUAAAGAAAUAGUUAUAUAUACUUACUAAUAAAUUUUUAAUUUUCAUAAUAUAUAUUAACAUAUACAAAUAUUAAUCUAAAUUACUAAUGUGUUGACCUGAAUUGACUUAAAGAGAACUGGUUCGAGGUGAUGCAAUGCAACAAAAUUUUGAUAAAAAUAAGGGAGACUUAUGCCCAGUAGUGGAUUAACAUGGACUAUAUGUUAUAGAAACGGUAUAAUGCGUUAACAAAAUAUCUGUGUAAACAAUUUCCAAUAAAUCACACUGUAACAGUCAAAGCCAGGAUUUUGUUUCAGCGUUGUCAAGAUUAGCCUUGUCAGCCCAAGAUUAGAGACGUGCGUUGUAUAUUUGUUUAUUCCAUCUAUAAAUCAAAUUAACAAUAUCUCGUAAUCUCCGUAAGCAUAUGUCAUACAAAAUGUUUGCCAAUACCAAUAACAGUUAAAUAGUUUAUUGACAUUUACGAUUACAAGCAAUAUAUACCCAACAUAGAAAGUAAUGACUAUGGACCAAAAAUCGGUGUGUAUCUUUACAUAUAUAUACAAAUAUAUAUUACACAAGAAUAUAUUAUUUUAUACCACUAUUAUUUAAGAUAUCUUGAUUGACAUUUACCUUACAUAAUGCCUAUUUCAAUACUUUCUUUGACCCAUCUUUUUUUUACAACUUUUAGCAAUAUGGUAACAUUUUCUCAUAUCUAUAUAUUAUAUCUGUAGAUAUAAUGUUAACCAAAUCUUUUUUAUUUUGUUAAUUUAUAUUAAUUCUUCUAGUAGUUACUCCUACCAUUUCUGUAUACAAUUUAUAUAAAACCAGUAGUUUCAGUUACUCCUCAAUUUAUGCUUCCUUAAGUUAGGCUAAAUUAAAAGAAUACUAACACAUUCUUUUAAUUUGCACACUAUAUUUAGGCAUAUACUACAACAUACCAUUCUACAUCAUUUUCUGUAGUGAAAGUUUUAUAACGAUGAUGAUAGCGUCUUUAGGACGAUGAAGUGAUAAUGGUUGUCUCUAUCGUUCAAUAAUGAAAAAUUAUGACAAACGACGCAUUUGGUCUAAGCAGGCGUUUCUCGCUAUUGCUUUCGAAUAACCUUUCAACAUUAUUUCGGUUUACACUUGCCGCCCAUUUCUGUAGAAUGAAAAUUGUAUAAUAAAAGAUGUGGCUAAAAUAAAAUUACUUGCUAUGUAAAAUAUUUAAAUAAAGAAGCAAAUAUUUUUUUUAUAAUUAAAUUAGUGCUCUAUUUUAUUAGAAAUCUACAAUGAUCUACUUUUCAAACGUAACACGAAAUAAAUGUUUGUAUUUUACUAUAUAAUUAUCUACAUUAUUGGUAUCACUAAUUAAUUAUUUUACUUAUAGAUAUAAGUGAAAUAGAUUUACACUAGUCUACAAUGAAUACACGUUAAUUUUUCCAUCAAUAUAAACGAUUUGAUGAAACAAAUCACCGUGUUUCUCUUAUAGUACUUGUACUAUUAUUUAUUCUAUGAUUAUGGAAAUUAUUAUAAUGAUUCCUCAGUGAGACACUACAGUAACCCUCUGCAUAAAUAAACGGCGUGAACACGAAAUAUUAACCUCAUAACUAUUCCUUUAGCAAGCCAAGAUUACUGGUGAACAUUAUGUAAAUAUAGUGUAAUGAGCGAUAUCAAACAUUUUCUUUGUAAAUAAGUAGUUUUAUCUAAUAAAGAAUUUAUUUAAGUUUCA